GAGAACCCAAGCAAUGCUGAGUCUUUGCUCUGGACUGGGGGCAGCAGGAACGCAAAAGCAAGCUUGAACCUCUCCACUGGGAUUGUUAAGGAGGGGGGAAUAUAAGAAAUGUUAGGACUCCUUUCUGGAUUUUAGGGAGGAAAAGCAAAGGAAAGGAAAGAAGAGGGAAGGGAAGGGUAGAAAAAAAAAGCAAUGCUGGUCUUCUGGUCAGGAGUGUGAGCAGAAAAUCUAGCAAUGUUGAGUGUGUGUUGGCUGGACUGGGAAAACUUGGUCAACAUGGCCAAACCCUGGAGUAAGCCUGAAUGAGUUCAACUCUGAAUACUGGAAGCACUUUGGGGAAAUGCGUACUGGACGUCAAUCUGGAUCCUGGUGAAAAAUGCCAGCAGCAGUAAAUCUACAUUAACGCCGGACAGCCAUCACGGAGUGUCGUUCUUGGGUUAUCACUCAUUACCGAAACCUUGAAGGCAACAACAUCUCGCAUCAUAACAUAACCAAGAAUGACAGGACAGCCCUCGAGUCUUCAUUAACCACACUCGACCCCAAGCCUUCACCAGAUCAAUCUGAGCUUUUCCAGAAUCUGUGUUGCGAAGCAAUUCCUACAACACCGAAUACGUCCAUCUCUUUCAUUGAACCCACGUCAGUGUCGUCGCGUGCAUCCCACCAGACCAUGAUGUUUCGUGACCAGGUGGGCGUCUUGGCCAGCUGGUUUAAGGGCUGGAACGAGUGCGAGCAGACCGUGGCUCUGCUGUCACUCUUGAAGCGUGUGAGUCGGACCCAGGCUCGGUUCCUGCAGCUCUGUCUGGAGCAUUCGUUAUCCGAGUGCACGGAGCUGCAUGUUCUUGAAGUGGAAGCCAACAACCCAGCGGUGAUUGGCCAGUGGCGGGCCGAGCCAAGAGAACGUCUCAUCUCUCUGGUCCUCACCCAUCUGCCGCUCCUGAAGCCGGGUAACAGUGAAGCCAAAAGCGAGUACAUGCGGUUACUACCCAAAAUCCUCACGCACACGAUCGAGUAUGGGCGGCACCUUGAGGAAAGUAGACAGCUGCUCUCGUAUGCACUCAUCCACCCGGCCACUUCUUUGGAAGACCGUGCCGAUCUCGCUCUCUGGCUCAAUCAUCUAGAAGAACGCGCAGCCACGCGCACUGCUGGAGGAGGAGGAGGUGGGGGUGGAGAUUCACUAGAGCGGGUGCCUUCUUCUCAUCAUCUCUAUGCCCAUCAUCAGCGUUACGGUUCCGAUGACCGCCUCAACGGCUGGCAGGGAUCCCGAGACUCGGGCAUUGCCACCUGGCACACACAGCAGCAACAGCAGGGCUGUGAGAACGGACAUCUCCUCCUGUACCCGUCAUCAUCAGUCCCUUCUACCAUCAAUACAGUGGGCACGGGAAGCGGAAGCAACUCCAUCCUGCAGUCUGCGGGUCAGCACAGUCCUCUGAAGCGCUCCGUGUCUCUCACUCCCCCAAUGAGCGGCUCGUCCACACAGCCCCUGGGACACGGCUGGCUCUCACAGGAGGACCUGCGGGGACGUGGGGCACCUCUGACCCCUGACCACGCCCCUCUGUCGCCCCAGAGCAGUGUAGCAUCGUCAGGAAGUGGCGGCAGCGAGCACCUCGAGGAUGGCUCGGGGAUGGGCAUGGCACUCAGGAGCUCGUUCAACGAGGACGGGAGCGGCAUGAGGGAUGUUCCGGCAUGGCUAAAGAGUCUGCGUCUGCACAAGUACGCCGGUCUUUUCUCCACCAUGACCUACGAGGAAAUGAUGUCGCUGACGGAACACCAGCUGGAGGCACAGAGCGUUACCAAGGGGGCACGGCACAAGAUCAUCAUCAGCAUCCAGAAACUGAAAGAAAGACAGAACAUGCUCCGCUCCCUGGAAAAGGAUGUUUUGGAAGGUGGGAAUCUGCGCUCUCCUUUGCAGGAGCUCCAUUAUAUCAUCGGGACUCCCAUCAAGGCGUUCAACAGUGUGUCAGAGUCUCCACAGCGCCCCCUACUGAGCAGCGAGGGAAAGAGCGCGGCCACGGGAGUGUGUGUGAGCGGAGGGGAAGCUGAGAGCAGCACCACGCUCAUAGCAGAGGGGGACAUUCCUGCUCAGUUCACACGCGUCAUGGGCAAAGUGUGCACACAGCUGCUGGUGUCUCGGCCCGAUGAGGAGAACAUCAGCUCGUAUCUGCAGCUCAUCAAUAAGUGUGAACUCCAUGAGGCAUUCACAGAGACGCAGAAAAAGAGGUUGUCGUCUUGGAGGCAGCAGGUGCAGAAGCUGGUUCGCUCGUUUCCACGGAAACCUCUCCUGGACAUGACUGGAUACCGUCAACAGAGGAGCAGCCGAGGUUUCGGGCAGUCCAACUCCCUUCCCAGCGCUGUGUGUGUGAGCAGCAGUGUGUGUUCCCGGAGGAACCUGCGCCAGUUUCCGGUGCCAUCACGGAGUCUUCCUGCGCCCCGACUCGGCCUGCUGGGCACCACCGGCCUGCUCACACACACACACACACCACGCAGUUCCAACAACACGCCUACCAACCUGAAGCAGGGCAGACAGGGUCUAUGGUUUGCCAACCCGGGUGGCAGUAACAGCAUGCCAAGUCGCACACACAGUUCUGUUCAGAGGACACGCUCGCUACCCGUCCACACCAACCCACACACCAUGGCCAUGUUCCAGCAGGCAGAUCUGCAGGUUCCUGUGACGGAGCCAGACAUUAAUAAUCGUUUGGAGUCUCUGUGCCGAAGUAUGACUGAACACGCUCUAGAAGAUGGUGUCGAUCGGACAUCCACGAUCUGAAAGCCAAGCGCGAAAAGGUGGCAGAGCUAACCACGAUUCAAAGAGACAAUGGAGGGGACAACCAUUUGCUUGGCAUACACCCACUUUGUCCUUAAACUCUACCCAUGUACUUGAACAUCUAACUAACACAUCCAAUGGUAGUGGAAGUAACGGCUGGUGGGUGUGGCUUACAAGCUACCACUCACCUUCUUCUGAAAGCCUGCUGCAACUGAACGAGCUCCUGUUAUCAUCAUCAUCAUCAUCAUCAAUUAUCAUCAUCAUCAUCAUCAUCAUCGUCGUUGCCAUGACUACUUGUUUUUAAUGUUAGGUGUUGGAUAAUUUUUUGGGAGAUAAAAAGAGAAGAAAUCAAUCAGAGGUACUGUAUGGGGUUUGGUGUACGUUGAGAAGAGAACAGAGGAUCUACAAGAGCUUAAGGAUGGUAAAGCUGCUUCCACCAAAAAAACAAAAAACAAAAAAAACAAACAAACAAAAAAAAGGACAGUUAUCAGCAGAACACACACUAAAAGCCAAAAGCUGAUUAUAACUCGCAUGGAAUCAGCGAAACAGGUUGUUUACACACAUCUAUCAGUUAUCAUCUCCAACAGCAACUUCCAACGUUAGUUUACAAAGUUUUUCUCAGAUUCUUUUGGGAAAUUCCCCGGCAUUCGGGAAGCUGAUGUGAAACUGGGAAGAGUGAGGAGCAGCGUUGGUCAGAGGGCAAAAGAGGAAGAAAUAACAGAGAGAGAAAGACAGGGAAAAGAGAGAGAGAGAGAGAGAGCGCAAAGAGGGAAAGGGAAGUGAUGUAAGCAUGCAGAGGAUGUGAGGUGGAAGGAAUGUCGUAUGGAUUUGGACGUCAAGGGAAGUGGACGAAGGCAUGUGGUAAGUCAGGCUACGGCGGACGUGUUUGUUUGCAAUGGAAAAAAGACACUUGGCAAGAUUUCCGGCUUGGAAUCUUAUUUGAUUGACGUCGACUGUGUUUGUUGUGUAUGUGAAUGUCUUUGGAAAAAGGUUAACAGGAAGUCAGAGUCAUGAAAAACGCUACGCUGAAGUGGUUCUCUCGGUUCUAUGCUGAGAUUGUAAACAGAUACAUGAAUCUAGAUGGACACAAGGCUUUAGAGAGCUCUGUUUGUUUUGCGUUCCGUUUGCUGGAGUGACUGGAGGUACGCUACUCCAGUCUGUAGCACCAUCUGGUGGCCGAAUGAUGUAACACGCAGUCGUGCCUUCACAUCGGGCAUUCGUCAGAAAACAUACUUAUUUGUGCUGAAGGCUUGUGGGCGAGGACUAAAACAACUCUGACCAGGAAAUGUCUGAUUAGAGCAAACAUGUUAUCACUAGCUAUAUAUUCAAUAACUGUUACUUUAUUUAUAAGUGUUUAACCCGAUACACGUUCACAGAAAGACUCACUAUAUAAAGACUAGAAGAUAAUGUUUAUCUUACAGUACCUGGACUGAGACACUGCUCUGAGACGCUUAGUAACAAAACGCUAGGAUGAAUUUAGCCUUUAGAUGACACUACGUUCUUACGUUUGUUUGUUCCACCACAGUGUUGUCUUAAGGUCAGGUGGUCUAUAAGCAUAUCACGUUUGUAGGUUUACAGUGUGGAAUAAGCUUUUUAGUUCUAAUUUUGUGACCUUUUUGAGGAGCUGUUUGAUUUUCUGCAUGAAACGAAACGUUGCUUAGAAAUUUGUAAGGGUUGAUGUUAUUUUAGGAAUUUUAAUUUAAAGCCCCGGUUUGAAAUGAGGGUUUAUAGAUUUCUGUCUAUUAUACAUAUAUAUAUAUAUAUAUAUAAUUUUUCUUUUUUGCCUUAUAUGAGGGGCGUUCAGGUCAAACGCGGCUUUCGAUUGCGCAGAAUAACAGAAUAGAAGGCAGGCCGAUCAUGGCUCUGAGAAAACUUUCUACCUUGAUGGUAGUGAAAUGCAGUUUUUACUCUCAGAACUGUCCUCUGUUAUUCUGCACAAUCAAAAGCAUCAGUUUGGCUUGAACGCAUUUUGUUCGAUCUUGUACUCGGUGCUGUGAAACGCUGAACUCUUUUGAGCAAACACUUUUACGUGCAAUAGAUUGGGCGAAGUGUGCCGGAGAACACACAGGAGGUCAUGAACUAGGGUCGUGCUCUCGGGCAUGUGGGUAAAGAAGAAAGAAAAAAGAUCUAUGCGAGAGUUACUUGUGGAGUAAGAUAUAAAGCUUGAGUCAGGCAAAGAAAGUUUCAUUUAAAUGACCGUGUGCUUGUGUAACUUUAUUAGUGGGUAUUUUAUCUUUUUUGGGGUUCACAAGUCUAGUUUCAAGAAAUAUGUAGCAUAGAAUCAGGGUUAGAAAAUAUUUUGAAAAAGUGAUAUAAAACAAAUCAAUUUUAAAAAGUCCCACGUACACAACCCUAGCAUGACUCAGAGAGCCUGUGUCCGCUUUUUGCUCUUCACUGCCGAUAAUACACUACGAUACCACGGAGUUAUGAAACAGAGUUACAGGCUGUUAGCUUCACGCACAGCCGCACCUCAAGCUAGAUCACGUCCAAAGAUGCUAGCGCACGUUAGCACAGUGAGGAAGUUACAGAAAAAUAGUCCAAAGUGCUGAGUAAGGAGUCUCUGCUGAACAAACGUGGCACAAUUUAAAUAAUACCGCGAGAGAAACGAGAGGAAAGGAGAGCCGUGGCGUAAAAGUUCCAUCUUCUAACAUGCGGUCGAGUUCUCAAAGCUGCUCAUCGUUAAGAUAGCAGCAAAGCUAACUAGAUAGCACCAAGCCUUAAUGUUGGCUAGUUAACUAGCGAUCUGUCUAAUCUGUAGAUCUAGCUGGCUAUUGUCUAAUUAGAAAACUAGCUAAAACUAUUAGGCUAUGCUAUUCUAGUCAGAAAAAAUGGAAAAUCUUAAUAUAUUUUUUUUGUUGCUAACAAAGUUAGCUGACUUUGCCACGUGUAAUUUAACUAGCACUGCUAAUUCUUGAACUUCUUGCAAGCAAAAGAUGUGAUUUUCAAAUCAGAAGAAAAGAGGCAGGCCGAUCUUUUGUGCUAAGUUUUCACAUUCACAUAAUUUUAGCAAUAAUCGGUUCGCGACGGCUAGCUAGCUCGGUCAUGAGUCCUGAAGUUUCGCGUUCUUAUCCGCGCUGCUUCUUUUCUACAGAAAUCACACCGAUCCCUUUAUGAUAACGUGAAACUGUGACUAAUAUCAACUGUCAAAAGGCGACUGUCUUCUGAAACGAACCUGAGAAAAUUCUAUUCUUGUUCUCUAGAGACUUGAACUUGAAGGCGCAGAAUGAGGCACUUUGCUACGUUCCCUAAGAAUGAUACUCUUAUUGUGAGUUGAAAAAGAUGGGGCAGAGCAUGGACUGACUAUCACUGCCUUACACACACACACACACACACACUAAAAAGCAGACAAAAUGCCUCCUUUUUGUGCGUCAGAUAAUAGUGCUUUAAAUUCGAGACGGUUCAACGGCACCUAUAAUACUCAAGAUGCUUUUCUGAACGAGUAGGCUUCGUUCCUAGAUACAAUUAACCUUUAAAGGAAAAUGUUUUAUAGAAGCAUGCGCUUAAACCGCCGCGAGGCUUCGUGCGUGUUUAUGUGUGUGUGGGUCUCAUUCGAGCGGUGUGUUUGCAUUUUUGUUUAGCCACUCAACACUGCCAUUUGAACGAACCCUAUUAUCAUAUUCAAAUGAUUAUUUAUUCGUUCUUUUUUUUUUCUAUUAUUGUUGCAGAGGUUAUUGUAUUCAUUAGAUGUAUUAUUUAAGAUACCGUAUGUAUUAACUUGCUAUGGCUGGUAACCAUAAGUACAUCUCAUAUCAUUUUGUUAAUUUGUUGUUGUUGUUGUUGUUGUUUUUUUUUCUCUCUGUAUUUUAUAGUCCUUAUUUGAGUUUGUUCUCGAUUUGUCUUGUAAAUCGCUCGCUCUGGGAUCCCGAGGGCCGAUCGCAUGCUGUACAGUGCAGUGAUGGAGUUUAGGCCUCAGUGUUUUUUUAGCACAUCGUUGUAGAUGAUCGACGAAUUAAGCUGACUUCUCAGAUGUUUUUUUUUUUUUUUUGCAGUCGUGUGGCCUCAGCGUGAGAAGAUGCUUUCGGAAAUAGUUGAACACGCUGUUUAUGCUGUCUCUUAUCGUGGAUUAAUGCUGUAUACUGUAUGUGUGGAGAACCCUUAGGCUGAAAUCUGAGAAUGAUGAUAAAAAACUGAAAAAAAAAAAUAAAUUGAGUCAAAAUUUAAUCACCAGUCAAAGACCUAAAAGUCUGGAUCCUUAAGCUUAAAUUCAUCCAAUAAAAGUGUUAUUUAUUUAAAAUUUUAUUAUAUUUGAUGAUGUUUCACGCAGAGU